AUGAAUAAGCUUAUUCCCGUUAUCAAUCAAUUACAAGACGUAUUCAACACCAUUGGUGUGAAGGGUAUCGAUCUUCCACAAAUAGUUGUGGUAGGUGCGCAGUCUGCUGGUAAAUCAUCCGUUCUCGAAAGUAUAGUUGGCAGAGACUUCUUGCCAAGAGGGUGUGGAAUGGUCACCAAACGGCCUUUGAUUCUCCAAUUAGUUAAUUUGCCACCAACGGAAACAACUGAGUGGGGUGAGUUUGCUCACAAAGCCGGAGAGGUCUUCAAGGACUUUGAAGACAUCAAAAAGGAAAUUGAGAACGAGACUAUUCGACUUACUGGGAAGAGUAAAACCAUUUCCACUGUAGCAAUUCGUCUUAAAAUAUACUCUCCAUAUGUAGUAGAUCUGACUCUUGUCGACUUGCCUGGUCUUACCAAAAUUUCAGUUGAAGGGCAGGAGAAGGACAUCAGUCAGCAACUCAAACAAAUGGUGUUGAAGUUCAUUGAAAGUCCGAACGCUAUUAUCCUUGCAGUCACUUCUGCAAAUGUCGAUUUAGCAACAUCAGAUGCUCUUUCCAUUGCAAGAGAAGUGGAUCCUGAAGGUGAUCGAACAAUUGGGGUGUUGACUAAAAUGGAUUUGAUGGACAAAGGGACGGACGCGAUGGACGUCUUGUAUGGAAGAGUCUACCCACUCAAACUUGGAUAUAUCGGGGUCUUGAAUAGAUCACAAGAAGACAUAGAAAAAAAAGUACCAAUCAGACAAGCAUUAAAAUCGGAAAAGGAGUGGUUUACAAAUCAUCCCAUUUACGGGAAAAUUGCGGAUAGACUUGGAGUCUCGUAUUUGUCAAAGACUCUCAACCAAAUGCUCAUGCAACACAUCAUGAAUUCGUUACCCUCUUUGAGAAUCACUAUCACAGAAAUGUUGAACAAAACACGACAAGAGUAUUCGAAGUUUGCUGUGGAAUUUGAUCAAAAAGACGUCGCGCUGCUUGAAAAGAUCAUCGAGUAUUGCACCAAUUUCAACAAGACCAUUAGUGGGGAAAAAUUUGAUAUUGAAAAACACGAGCUGAUUGGAGGCGCAAAGCUCUUUGAUGUAUUUGAAAACGUCUAUAGACCAGUCAUCGACCAACUUGACUUGAUCAGCGAGAUCUCCGACAGAGACAUUAAGACGGCUAUGAGAAACACUGAGGGCGUCACUUUGUCGCUCUUCCUUUCACAAACAGCUUUUGAGACUUUAGUCAAACAACAAAUCGAUAAGUUCACUGAGUCUUCUCACGUCUGUGUUGACAACAUCAAGCGGGAGAUGUCGAAAAUCUUCAACUACGUUGCUUCGGACACCGUCAUUCGAUACGCCAAAUUGCGCGACGGCAUUGUCCAAUCGUCUGACAAAGUACUUGAGAAGAAUCUUGAAAACACUCAUGAGGUCGUCCAGAACUUGAUUGCUAUCGAAGAGUCUUACAUUAAUACUGUUCACCCAGACUUCGACGCAACUGACAUUAUGCUGAAAGCAGGCGCUUCCGAUUCGUUGCCAAAGGAUCAACCACCCAAACCAGUGCAACCACCAAAGCCCAUCGCUCAAGCUCCACAAAAGCCAAAACCAAAAAAAGUAGAACAACCAAAAAGCUCCUGGUUUGGAUGGGGAAGCAAACCCCUUCCACAGCCAGAAGAAGAGGAAGCAGAAGUCGAAGAACAGAAGGUCGCGCCUGCUGAAAUUAAGCCGCAACCAAUCGAAUUGGAGCCAACUGACAUCAGAGAGCAACGUAACAUUCGAAUGAUGCGUGAACUCACCAAAAGUUACCUAGAAAUUGUCAGAAAGAGUGUGGAGGACUUUGUCCCAAAGGCUAUUAUGCAUUUCCUCGUCAAUCAGACGUGCAAAGAUUUACAAAACGAACUCAUCCAACAACUCUACAAAUCAGACAAAAUCGACGACUUGAUGAGCGAAAGCCCUGCUAUCACAACAAAGCGUGAAAUGCUCAAGAAGAACCUUGACGCCCUCCAAUCCGCCUAUGACAUUCUCCAAGGUAUUGUGACUGUCAAAGUUGAUUAA